CGUCAUUCUGAAAGAUUCCAUGCACGGGGUGUACCUGGACGCAAUCCUGGCGGUGUAUCCGGACGCAAUGUUCAUUCACACCUACCGCAAUCCAUGCAAAUCGAUCGCCUCCGUGUGCUCAUUGGUGCAGCACUUCACUACUUGUGCCUACGACCUCAAAGAUAUAGGAAGAGACGUCCUAGACGACCCCCUGUUUCACGCGGGGAACGAAAUCCUAGAAUUCAGAAAGAACCACCCUCAUCAAGAACACAGAUUCGUCGAUAUAGACUACGAACAUCUUGUUAGAGCGCCCAUAGAUACAGUGAGACAGAUUUAUAAUAAGUUUGGGCUCGAUCUCAGCGAGCAAGCUGAAGCGAAGAUGAAGGCGUAUAUAAAAGAAAAUCCCCAAAAUAAAUAUGGUCGUCACCAUUACGACUUGGAGACGUACGGGUUGAAGGAGGAGGAAAUAUUUGAGAAAUUUCGAGAUUAUAUUGAAUAUUUUAACAUUCAGUGCUAACUUCAUAACAAAGUAAUAUAAACUUCUGAAAUGUCUUUAUUAGAAACAUUUCAGAAAAAUAACACUGAAUUCGAAAAAACUGAGAAAAGCAUCGAACUAUAAGAUUGCACAUAAUAGUUCACAAUGGCGAGAUUAUGCGUUGGCAUUAGAUCAAGUCAUUAGAUCAAGUCCUGGAGUAGGGUGCCUAUACGACCUACCAUAGGCAUA